AUGCGUUCCGUCGAUCUCAAAUCGAGGCUCCAAGCUCGCGAACUCCCUUACUCAGGCAACAAAGCCGUCCUGGUUCAGCGACUCCAAGACAACGAUAUAUUCCCCACAGCAUCAUCACUGCAACAAGAGCACGAAAGUUCUAGACCUCUGCCUGAAGAUUUUCUGGACAAGAUGAAAAGCUCCGACCCAAGGGCCGUCACUCGAAUAUUGCGCAAGCUGACUACUGCCGACCUCGUCUCACGAAACGAUGAGCUUCGUCGCCGUCGUGCUAGGGACGUUGUCACAAGCCUGACUGGGAGCUCUGAUGGUACUAUGACUGGUGCCAGCCGGAAGAGACGCUUCAGCAAUCUCGGUCUCAAUUGGGAACUAGGUCCGGAACAUCCUUUGACAAAGCGUAUUCGCGACGAGAAAACUCGAGAGAAACUGGAACGGGAACGGGCUCGCGUUCAACACGAACGACCAUCGUGGUUCGGCACACCAAAGGAUCCAUUGCCAGAUUUCUGGAUGGGUCGUCCCGUCCUUCUUGAACGAGAGAUCGAUGUUCUAAAGGGUAUGGAUUCUAUACCCAAGUACUAUGUGUCUCGUCAAGAAGAAAGCAUGAUCCGCUCUGCUCAAGGAGACAGAGAGGAACAACUUUCUGACAUAGUCCGCAGACUCGAAGCUGAACUCAUGUCGCGCAACUUUUGGAUGCAGAGUUUGGGCUUUGAGGCAGGUGGUGAUCAUGGUAACUUUCCUUCUAGUGAUUACAAGUUGGCAGAUACGUAA